ACUCCCAGACCAUGUGGCCUGCUCUAAUUUCCCAGGCCCUAAUCUGCUCCCAGUUCCUAAUGAUGCAGCUGGUAAUAGGAUUUCGGCUUCCCUCCAGGGCAGCUGCACGGGCCAUGGCUGUGGGGCUGGUGACUGGUGCCUAAGCACUCUGCCCACCUGUGUGCUGAGGAGCCGGCACUCUCGGCCCAGACCCUGAGCCCCAACCAAUUGACCGAGCAUGGAAUGGUGCUGUGCCCUGAGCCAGUAGGCCUGGCUCACCAUGGUGCUAGGUGCCAUCCUGGCACGAGGGAGGGCCGUGUGCAGGCAGAAUGGGCUGCUCAUCCUGUCUGUGCUCUCCGUCAUCGUGGGCUGCCUUCUGGGCUUCUUUCUGAGGACUCGGCACCUCUCACCGCAGGAGAUUAGUUACUUCCAGUUCCCUGGCGAGCUCUUGAUGAGGAUGUUGAAGAUGCUGAUCCUGCCACUCGUGGUCUCCAGCUUGAUGUCAGGCCUGGCCUCUCUGGAUGCCAAGACCUCCAGCCGCCUGGGCAUCCUCACUGUGGCCUACUACCUGUGGACCACCUUCCUGGCUGUCGUCGUGGGCAUCAUCAUGGUCUCCAUCAUCCAUCCAGGAGGUGCAGCCCAGAAAGAGACAACUGAGCAGAGUGGGAAGCCUGUCAUGAGCUCGGCCGAUGCCCUGCUGGACCUUAUCCGGAACAUGUUCCCUGCCAAUCUGGUGGAAGCUACUUUCAAACAGUACCGCACCAAGACCACCCCGGUUGUCAAGGCCCCCAAGCCCGCCACAGAGGAGGCCCCUCCCCGACGGAUUGUCAUCUAUGGGGUCCAGGAAGAGAAUGGCUCUCACGUGCACAACUUCGCCCUGGACUUGACCCCGCCACCCGAGAUUGUUUACAAGUCAGAGCCUGGUACCAGUGAUGGCAUGAAUGUGCUGGGAAUUGUCAUCUUCUCUGCCACCAUGGGCAUUAUGCUAGGCCGCAUGGGUGACAGCGGUGCCCCCCUGGUCAGCUUCUGCCAGUGCCUCAAUGAGUCUGUCAUGAAGAUCGUGGCAGUGGCUGUGUGGUACUUCCCCUUUGGCAUUGUGUUCCUCAUCGCCGGCAAGAUCCUGGAGAUGGACGACCCCAAGGCCGUUGGGAAGAAGCUGGGUUUUUAUGCCAUCACUGUGGUGUGUGGGCUGGUGGUCCACGGCCUCUUCAUCCUGCCGCUGCUCUACUUCUUCAUCACCAAGAAGAACCCCAUUGUCUUCAUCCGUGGUGUCCUCCAGGCCCUGCUCAUUGCACUGGCCACUUCCUCCAGCUCAGCUACACUGCCCAUCACCUUCAAGUGCCUGCUGGAGAACAACCACAUCGACCGGCGUAUUGCCCGCUUUGUGCUGCCAGUGGGUGCCACCAUCAACAUGGACGGCACCGCACUCUAUGAGGCCGUGGCUGCCAUCUUCAUUGCCCAGGUCAACAACUACGAGCUGGACUUUGGGCAGAUCAUCACCAUCAGCAUCACAGCCACCGCAGCCAGCAUCGGGGCCGCCGGCAUCCCCCAGGCUGGGCUUGUCACCAUGGUCAUAGUGUUAACCUCUGUGGGAUUGCCCACUGAUGACAUCAACCUCAUCAUUGCUGUGGACUGGGCUCUGGACCGCUUCCGUACCAUGAUCAAUGUGCUGGGUGAUGCUCUGGCGGCAGGAAUCAUGGCCCACAUCUGCCGGAAGGACUUCGCUCGGGACACAGGUGCCGAGAAAGUGCUGCCUUGUGAGACCAAGCCCAUGAGCCUUCAGGAGAUUGUGGCCACCCAGCAGAACGGCUGUGUGAAGAGCGUAGCCGAGGCCUCCGAGCUGACCCUUGGCCCCACCUGCCCGCACCAUAUCCCAGUACAGGUGGAACAGGAUGAGGAGCAAGCCACUCCCAGUCUGGAUCACUGCACCAUUGAGAUCAGCGAGCUGGAGACCAAUGUCUGA